UUUUCUUCAUUCAUCAUGGCCAAAAUGAUGAUGAUAAUGAUAUUGAUGGAAUCAUUAUUGAUCAUAUCAGCAGAAGAACUUCGCAUAACAACAUUGAAACCAGACAACGAUGAUGAUAUUAUAACAACAACGACCAAUACUAUUACUAUGGAAAAUGAUAUUAUCGAUGGAUAUGAUUACAAUAAUCUUAAUGAAUAUAAUUGUGGUCGACGAAUGAAUAAUCGUCAUCCAAAAAUAAUAAACGGUUCGAAUGCUAUACACGGUAAUUAUCCAUGGAUGAUAUCAUUGUUGUUGAAUAAUCGUCAUCAUUGUGGUGGAUCAUUAAUCAAUAACCGUUGGGUUUUGACUGCUGCUCAUUGUGUUUAUCGUGUUCCAUCGCCAAGAUUUCAAGUGAAAUUGGGAUCCCAUGUUCGAAUCAAUAACAACAGUGAACCAAUGUCAAUAUUUUUGGAUAAUGUUCGUGCUAUUCCACAUCCAGGUUUCACAUUCACUACAUUCCAAGAUGAUUUAGCACUGAUACGAUUACCGAAAGCCAUUCGCUAUAGUAAUUAUAUUCAACCGAUUUGUUUACCGGAUCGUAUAUGGAUGAAACCAAUGGUCAAAAAAGCCACCGUUAUUGGUUGGGGAAAAUUGAAACAAGGUGGCAAUUCAGCCGAUACUCUUCAACAAGUUGAUCUGCCCAUUAUUGAUAAUGGAAAAUGUAUCAAUUGGUAUCGUGAAAUGGGUAAAAUGUUAACCAUCAGACCAACACAGAUAUGUGCCGGAUUUGAACAAGGUGGUAAAGAUGCUUGCCAAGGCGAUUCUGGUUCACCAAUGUUGACAACCAAUGAUUUCAGUAAACGAUCGACCAUUAUUGGUAUUGUUAGUGCUGGAAUUGGUUGUGCAUUACCAAAACUUCCGGGAAUCUAUACACGUGUCAGUGCUUAUCUGCCAUGGAUUCGUGAAACAAUGCAACGAUAUGAUGAUGAACGACGACGACCACCACUACCAAAAUUACCACUUGCAGCAACCACUGAAUCAUCACCGAUGAUCAUUACAACCGAAAAACAAUCAAUAACAACCGAAUCGACGGAUAUUACCAAUGUUGAUAUCGAUGUGACGGCCACCAAAGAACCUGAACAUGAUAAUCUAUGGGCAUUAGUAUCGCCACCACCACCUCCUCAACCACCACUAUCUAAUGAAUUAAUGGAAUCCGAACAGAAAAAAUUGUGGGCAUUGAUUACAGCAGCAUUGAUCAACAACAACAAAAACAAAAAAUUUGAUACCAAGACGCAAAUUUUUUGAAAAUCAAAAAUGAAAGGAAAUGUUAUUCAAAAUCAAU